UGGGUGUGUGCAAUAUAACCAGCCCGCCAAGGAAUUAAAUUAUCCACAGAUCCUCUUCGUGUAGCCCCUUGAACCAAAUCAAUUCCAAGCACUCACUCAUUCAAAAGAAAUGGCUGCUGAUCAACUCACUGAAGAGCAAAUAGCUGAAUUCAAGGAAGCUUUCUCUCUCUUUGACAAAGAUGGUGAUGGAACCAUCACUACAAAGGAGCUUGGUACAGUCAUGAGGUCACUUGGUCAGAAUCCAACAGAGGCUGAGCUACAAGACAUGAUCAACGAAGUGGAUGCUGAUGGCAAUGGUACCAUUGACUUCCCUGAGUUCCUUACCAUGAUGGCCCGAAAGAUGAAGGACACUGAUUCUGAGGAAGAGAUCAGAGAGGCUUUCCGUGUCUUUGACAAAGACGGUAAUGGUUUCAUUUCUGCUGCAGAACUCCGCCACGUGAUGACAAAUCUGGGAGAGAAAUUGACUGAUGAGGAGGUGGAUGAGAUGAUACGUGAGGCAGACAUUGAUGGAGAUGGUCAAGUCAAUUAUGAUGCUGAAUUUAAGGAAGCUUUCUCUCUCUUUGACAAAGAUGGUGAUGGAGCUAUCACCACAAAGGAGCUUGGGACUGUCAUGAGGUCACUUGGCCAGAAACCAACAGAGGCUGAGCUGAAGGACAUACUCAAUGAAAUUGACAUUGAUGGUAACGGUACCAUCGACUUCCCUGAGUUCCUUACCAUGAUGGCUCAAAGAUCAAACAGUGACACUAGAGAUGAGAUCAAAGAGGCUUUCCGUGUCUUUGACAAAGAUGGCAAUGGUUUUAUUUCUAGCGAAGAGCUUCGUCAAGUGAUGACAAAUCUGGGAGAGAACUUGACCGAUGAGGAGGUGGAUGAUAUGAUACGUGAAGCAGAUCUUGAUGGAGAUGGUCAAGUCAACUAUGAAGAGUUUGUCAAGAUGAUGACCAAUAAGAAGAUGUCUGCUGCAGUACAGGGUGUAUCUGAGAAACUUAGUGAAGAGCAAGUAGCUGAAUUUAAGGAAGCUUUCUCUCUCUUCGACAAAGAUGGUGAUGGAACCAUCACUACAAAGGAGCUUGGAGUUGUCAUGAGGUCACUUGGUCAGAAUCCAACAGAGGCUGAGCUACAAGACAUGAUCAAUGAAGUUGACAUUGACGGUAAUGGUACCAUCGACUUCCCUGAGUUCCUUACCAUGAUGGCUCGGAAAUCAAAAGGCGGUGACUCGGAAGAAGAGAUAAAGGAAGCAUUCCGAGUCUUUGACAAAGAUGGUAAUGGCUUCAUUUCUAGUGAAGAACUUCGUCAAGUGAUGGUGAACCUAGGGGAAGACCUCUCGAAAGAGGAGAUUGAUGAGAUGAUACGUGAAGCAGAUAUUGACGGAGACGGUCAAGUCAACUAUGAAGAAUUUGUAAAGAUGAUGAGUCAUUGAUGUCAAAGACUGGCUUAUCAUAGUUGUUUUAAAAACUGUAGUAAUGUGUUCGUUUGAAAAUUCUAUAGCUGCUACUAUCUAAAAAAGUUUUCUAUUUUAUAAAUUA